CGUUUCUACAGCUGAACCUGACGCAAAAUCACUCAACCACCGUUCUGCCUAACCUUCAUCACCAUCGUCUCCGUUUCACUUCAUCUCGUUUGUCAUUCUUGAUUCGAUGAAGCGCCGUUCGGCUCCCCGCGGGUCCCGCCCUCGAACCCUGGGCUCGGAUCCACCGGCUCUAGCCCGCCAAUGCGCGCCCAAUCACUUCACGGAAUUAGGGCGGACUUUGGAUCGCCUGCGGGCCCAUGAAGAUUGGGCCGAUCUGCACUUGAUUUGUCAGCCCGACGACCAGGACCCGAAAACGGGACUGACUCGCACCCUCCACGCCCAUCGAGCUCUUUUUAUGGCCACAUCCCCACUUUUGAGUCAGUGCUUCGAGCAAGCCCACCAACAAGCGCCCGGUUGUCCCUUGUACGUCACCUUGGUGGGUGUGGAUCCGGAUUUGGUCGAGAAGAUGCUCGAGUGCCUUUAUGUAGGCCACACCACAUUGCAAAAAUCCGAGGAACGCCAGGCCUUGAAUGGAGUGUGGCACAGCCUCGGAUUGACUCGAUGUCGCUUAUCGCUCGAUGAUGACGACGUGGUCGAGAUCCCGGCCCCCAGCCCGCCAUCACCCCGCCCAUCUUCUCGGGCCUCGUAUUCGCCCUCAUCGCCUUCCGAAUCAUCACUCACCCCACCCACCAAGUUAUCGCCCAGGAAGACUGGACCUCGAUCUAAGGCGAAAGGGACCGAGAAGAAGGCCGAUCGGGUCAGUCCCGAUGCGGCCCCCACCGAGAGCGAACUCAAGGCUAAAGCGCGCCGAUCCAUCUCACGCGUGACAUUAGACCGAGUGGAUCAAAGCUCGGACCGCGAGGUUCAGCGGCUCUACGAACAAGCCUCGGCGGCCGAGGCCAAAUCUAAGACGCCCGUGCCUCAAAAGCGUCGAAUCGCCGAGACGUCCGACAAAAAGGCCAACAUUCCCAAGAAAAUGAAGGCCGACGAGACGAGCUCGGAGUACGACUCAGACGAAGUUCAGGCGCGAAGGAAGGAGGCUUUGAUCUCGAAACGGUCGGCGAGCGCCCAAAGGAAACCAAUGCCACCUCCCAGAAAUCGCCGAUCCGCCGCUACUGCCAUGGCCACUUCUAGCGGUCGAGACCCGAGCCAAGACCGGAAGGCCCAAGAACCCCAAGUGGUCGUCAGAGGUGUGCCAAAGAUGUGGAAUUGCUAUUGCGGCCGGAAAUUUCUCACCGAGGCGUCCCUCCAACUCCAUGAAGCCAAGUUCCAUGGUGAGUCCACCGAGAGCGAUGAGACCCCUUCCGACCACGACGAAGUGACCGAAAGCGAUCAAGUGGUCAAGACAUCGGCGAGAAACGGCAAGAAAAAAUCUUCGGCCAAGAUUCGGCAAGAGCGCCGCCAAAGUCGCCGUUCCAGUUCCAGCAAUUCGGAUUGGAGCGAGGACGAAGUCAGUCGGUCAGUCAGAAAACCUACAAGUCAUGAGCGCAAACUAGGAAAGAAUAACGAAGCCCCGAGUGCAAAUAGCAAUGGAGCCUUGCGCAGCAAAUCAUCCUCGACGGAUCUUCCUAUUCAAGCCCAAAUGGCGAAAGCUCCGGAAGAGCCCAACAAGAAACGGAGGAGAGAUUCUGCGGACGCAGGACAAUCUGAUGAGGUCGUCCCUGAGCACACCACGGGAUCUGAUCAAUCCAAAGAGACUCUGCCUUCCCCCGUGGUGUUCAAUGAUUCCGAUUCUGACGAUUUCUUGGGAAAAUCGUAUGAAUCAGGUGUCAUGAAAAGUUUUGACGAAUUGUUUAAUGAGGCCCAAGAGCCAAAACAAUAGGCGUAUAUGGAAGAAAUAUUAAAAAGCCUUUUUUUGAAAUUUGA